AUGGCUGAAAAGAAUGGUUUACUUGAAACAUCUUCAGAACUUGUAGUAAAUCGUCCACCACAACCACCUGGGCCUGCCUUGGGACCAUACUUUCAGUUUAUCACAACGGAUUUGGAAAAGAUGUUAUGGGUCGGAAGUGUCCUAAUAUUUCGACAUGUUUCAUAUAACCGACCAUCAAUCCAAUUUAAAGCAAAGGUUAAAGUUGAUUUCGAUUGGGAAACGUUAUACGAAAAUUUAUUCGAUAUGCGAGCUUAUCGAGUUAAUCUCAAUAUUGAAUUACGAAGAGGCAAGAGUGAUGACAAAGUCGAUUGGACCAUUGAUUGGGGUGAUGGUGAAACAAAUGGAGCGUUUUAUAUUGCUCAAUAUGAUCAAAAAUGGCGUGGUGCAUUCUUUUCCUGUAAUGGUUUUGAUGCUACUGUUACGAAAGAAGUUGCAUUAGGUCUAACAUAUAAUGCUGUUUGGAAUCAUCUUCUUUCUGUUCAUGAAAAGCAGCCAUUUCAUCUUCUAGUUUGGGGUGGAGAUCAAAAUUACAAUGAUUUUGUUCUUGAAGACAUUCCAUUUCUUCAGACUUGGUCACGUAUGGAAUGGAAUAAAAAAUGGAAAAUGGAUUUUACCGAAGAAGCAAAACAAGAAAUUGAACAAUAUUAUUUUAAUAAUUAUACCGAACACUGGGAACGUCGACCAGAAAUGAAACAAGCAUUAGGAUCAGUUCCAAGUAUUAUGAUGUGGGAUGAUCAUGAUAUUUUCGAUGGUGCUGGAUCGUAUCCACCUUUACUGCACGAUAGUCCAAUUAUGACGGGAUUAUUUGAAAUGGCACAAAAAAUGCGCCUUCUCUUUCAACAUCAUACUACACCACGGAAAGCUCGACAACAUCGAUUAUUCGGUUUUCGGGGUCACAACUUUCUUGUUCGGUGUGGUCCCAAUUUAGUAUUUUUGGGUACCGAUGGUCGUUCGGAACGCGAUGAAAAAACAGUUACACAUGAAAAUACAUGGAAUAUGAUUUUCAAUAAAUUGGAUAAUGAGCUACACAAUGUUCAACAUUUGAUUGUUUUAUUAGCUGUUCCAUUUAUAUUUGCACGUUUUAAAAUGGCUGAAUCAUUGCUUGAAACAUGGAAAAGAUUGACUAUGAAAUGCCAAAAUAUUCCACUUAGUGAACAAACAAAUUCAGUUUUCGGUUUGCCUGAACUCUAUGAUGAUCUUCUCGAUGAAUGGACACAUGAAGCACAUUUGGAAGAACGAAGCCGUGUUCUUGUUCGUCUUCAAGCACUUGCAGAGAAGAAACAAACAAGAAUAACAUUUUUUAGUGGCGAUGUUCAUUGCUGUGGUGUCGGUCGAUUUCGAACUCGAGACAAUACUCCACCACCUGUUAAUGACUCGAAAUUAAUGUAUCAAAUAAUUUCAUCUGCUAUCGUCAACAGACCACCACCAAGAAUAGUUAUUCGUGCGGCUCAUUUUUUCGGUACUAAAUGGUAUCCAAUUGCUAAUACUGAAGAAUCAUUGAUUGAAUUCUUCGAUCAAGCACCAGAAUAUGGAGCAAAAUUAUUUCUUAGAAGAUUACUUCCCAAUCGAAAUUGGGUUUACUUUGAACAAUGCGAACCAAUGAAUUCAGUUCCUGCUGAUAGUGUUAGUCAAAGUGGUUUUUUGGACAAUUACUUUUGGCCCAUUAUAGACUAUCUUCUAAUAUUGAUUGGUUUGGGUUUAAUUGUUCGUUGGAAAAAUGAAAAAAGAACAUCAACAGUAACACCUGAACGUCUGAAUAGAUCAUUGCCAUCGUCUCCUUCGAAUAAUCAAUCGACAAAAGAAAUAAAUAACUUAAAAGUACAAUUUUGGUUAGAAAAUACAGAGAAAAAGAAAGGUGGAGCACUAUUUUCAAAUUAUGAUCUAUAUAUUCCUGACUUUCAAUGA